GUGUGGGAGGCGUUGCGAUUUGAUCUAGAUGAUGUCGAUGCAAGGCGGUACACUGGAGCAAAUUGCAGCCCCGGAUGAGAUGCACUGCACGACAACUGCCUUGCGGAACAAGACAUCAGUUCCUGCCUUUGGGGUUCUCCAUCAUAUGAUGCGGUUACUUAUAAGCCGCGUUUCCUGCUCGAUUGACUUUGACAUGCCUCUACGUGUCGUCCGACCCAACACCCUCGCUUUGGCUCUCCAUCGACCCUAACAACGCGACCCGCAAGCCGGCUUGCGUACGCAUGCUUUUCAAUAUCACGGCAUCCCACGCCAGUCCGAUGGUCACGUACGUCCCUGGGGCACUGUGGAGGGAGACUAUGGACGGAAAUGCUACUGGCCAGUCAUCGGUGGAGACAUACCACUCGACAAGCGCCAUACAAGGGGAAGGAAGGGUUUUCUUCACCUGGUUCGGAUCGGGUUCCGUGUGGAUCUUUGGCGCACGCAGGCCGUCGUUGGGGCCAUAUCAAGUCCUACUCGACGGCCAGAGUACGAAGUUCCCAGGCUUCCGUGACAGCGAUACCGCGUCAGAUGAUGCUAUUCUCUUCCACCUACCCUCCAGUCUUCCCCCAGCUGUUCAUCGUCUCGAACUAAUCAACACUGGCGGGGACGCGUUGCAGCCCAUACUUGACCUGAAUCGUAUUGUAGUCCAAAAUGAAGCACCCAACGUGACGGAGAUCACGAGUAGAGACCCUAGAUGCAAAUGGGGCCCGACGGGCACCGGUUCCAAAGGUUGGUCAAACAAUGGGACUACAAGGCAAAAGCACAACAAACCAUGCGAUGGGGACCUUGAUGCUCAACUUCACGCCCGAGCCUCUAAAACUCAUCUGCUCAACGCGAGCCAAGGUUCGGGCAUCUCAGUCUAUGGAACCCUCAACCCAAACAGCUCGUCGUUUGCGGCCAUCGUUGACGGCUGGGCGUCGAACACACUCUAUCCAAACUCACAGCUCUGGCUUGCAUCAGAAGACGAAGAGUUGCUGUACACGACCUCUGGUCUGCUGCCCGGAAACCAUACGCUGGUCGUCCGGAACAGCCCGCCGUCGUGGA